AUGUCCAGGCGGCUGUUCAGUUUCCCGAUUCUCCUGAUUUUCCUGUCCUGGUCUCCGGGAUCCGGACAAACCGGGACCGGGACCGGGACCGGGACCCAGCGGCUCAACCUGGAAUCCGGAGCCGGAGCCGAAAGCGGAGCGAGUCCGAGUCUCAGACCGAGUCCGGGUCCGGGUCCGAACCCAGAGCGGAUCCAGAGCGGCUCCCAGUCCCGGGAGACAAAGCGGAUUCCGGACCCGAUCCCAGAGAGAGACUCUGCGAUGAACAGAAAGAAAACAAGGGAACUGGUGAAGGAGACGAUGACUGUGGUGAAGAGAAAAGUGAAGAAGCUGCAGAACAGAGAGAAAGCAAAGGAAGAUCCUGCUUUAGAAUGUCCACCUUUGGGGAUGGAAUCUCUGGGUGUUGAAGACACACAGAUGACAGCAUCGAGCACUCUGAGAAUUGGACUCGGCGCUCAUCGAGGUCGCCUCAAUAUCCAGGCUGGCAUUGAGGAAGGGGAUUUCUAUGAUGGUGCCUGGUGUGCUGGGAAGGAGGAUACCAGCCAGUGGCUGCAGGUAGACUCAUGGCGAAUGACCAAGUUCACCGGGAUUGUUACUCAAGGCCGGAAUUCCAUCUGGAGCUGGCAUUGGGUUUCCUCCUAUAAACUGAUGUUUAGCAAUGAUACCUACACCUGGAGCAGCUACAGGAAUGGCAAUGAGGAUCUGAUCUUCAAAGCAAACUCGGAUCCAGAAACUCCUGUGGGGAAUUUUUUCCAGACUCCGGUGGUUGCUCGAUAUAUCCGCAUCAACCCACAGAGCUGGUAUCCGAAUGGGACCAUCUGCCUGAGAGCUGAGGUUCUGGGCUGUCCUCUUCCAGGUCUGAACAAUAUUUAUUUUGGGACCCCUCCCUCUGGGAGUUCCGAUGAUUUGGACUUCAGACACCACAACUAUGAGGAACUGAGACGGGUAAUGAGGGAGAUGCGGAGACAGUGCCCGGAAAUCAUCCGCACCUACAGCAUUGGAAAGAGUUACGGGGGCCUGAAACUGUACGUGAUAGAGAUCUCAGACAAUCCCGGGGUACACGAGCUGGGAGAGCCGGAGUUUCGAUAUGUUGCAGGGAUGCAUGGCAACGAGGUGGUGGGCCGGGAAAUUCUCAUUUACCUGAUGCAGUAUCUGUGUCAGCAAUACAAGGAACAUAACCCUCGAGUGGUCAGGCUGGUGGACAGCACACGGAUACACCUACUACCCUCAAUGAAUCCUGAUGGAUAUGAAGUGGCACAUAAACUGGGCUCCGAGCUAUCUGGAUGGGCUGCUGGGCGUUAUAAUCUCCAGGGAUUUGAUCUCAAUCAUAACUUUGCUGAUCUGAAUACUGUUCUUUGGGAUGCAGAGGAUGAAUCACAAGAUCCCAGUCUGAUCCAGAAUCAUUUCAUCCCUGUACCAGCUUAUUACACUUGGCCCAAUGCCUCAGUUGGUCCUGAAACCAGAGCAGUUAUCAAAUGGAUGAGGAAGAUCCCGUUUGUGUUGAGUGCAAAUCUACAUGGGGGAGAUAUGGUGGUUUGUUACCCGUUCGACAUGGCCCGCAGCUCCUGGCUGGGCCGGGAACUGACACCUACCGCAGAUGAUGAUGUUUUCCGCUGGCUCUCUGCUGUCUAUGCAUCAAGUCACCGAGCGAUGGUGCAGCACGACCGGCGGCUCUGUCAUGGUACCAACUUCAUGCAGCACAGCAACGUCAUCAAUGGAGCAGACUGGCAUACGGUGCCUGGCAGUAUGAAUGAUUUUAGUUACCUGCACACUAACUGCUUCGAGAUUACCGUGGAGCUGAGCUGUGAUAAAUAUCCCCACCAGACUGAGCUCCCGGCAGAGUGGGAGAAUAACAAGGAGUCACUUCUCAUCUAUAUGGAGCAGGUUCAUCGUGGGAUAAAGGGGGUUGUCAGGGACGACGACAACAACGGCAUCAAUGGAGCGAUCAUCGCUGUCAAUGGGAUUAACCACGAUAUACGGACAGCUGUGGAUGGGGAUUACUGGCGAUUGCUGAAUCCAGGAGAUUAUGAGGUCACAGCGAAGGCCGAGGGUUUCCUGCCUGUAUCUCACACUUGCCGUGUUCGAUAUGACAGUCGCCCGACAAUAUGUGACUUUGUUCUAACGAGGAGCCCAAGCAGCCAGAGGGCCAAGCAGAGGCAGCCAGUUCCGAAAGCACCGGUCCGCAGGAUUCAUCAAACCAGGGCAAGAGGACAAGGGCAGUAACCACUCACACACACACACUCACACACUCACACACACACACUCACACACACACACACACUCACACACUCACACACACACUCACACACUCACACACACUCACACACACAC